GUCAGCACAUUACAUUGCUCUGUAUUGAUAACAGAUAAUCAUUAAUUCUGCUCAGUGCCACAGUUCCAAGUGAAGACAGAGGGGAUCUUCAUGCAUACUGAGCAACAAUGAAACUGGUCUUUCUUCACUUCUUGAAUUUGCUGUUUAUUGGCAAUGGGAGGACAGAAAGCCAACCUGAAGAUAAUGUUCCCUCGCAUCCAUUGGAUCGUCCAAAUACUCAGAUUACAACAACGGCUGCUUCUACAAAAAUCAUUCCCGCUAAAUUACUACAGGAUGAGUACCUAGAUCGGGAGACGUGUGGGACAAAAGGCUUCAGUCGCUUGUCAUGUCAGAAAGUUUUCUGCCCCCCCUGGAUGCGAUGUCUUAAUGGGGAAUGUAUCUGCAAGCUUCCUUACCAGUGUCCCAAGGCUACAAAACCAGCCUGCGGCACUGAUAAAAGGGAGUACAGGUCCUUCUGCCAGGUGAAGGCCCUAGGCUGCAUCAAAAAGGACGUGCUGUUUUCUCACUUUGGCCCCGAAUGCAAAAGUAAAUUAUUUGACUGUAGCUUGGGCCCUAAAAAUGUGUUGAAAGUGGAGAGGAGAAACGAGACCUUUCUUAUUUGUGGAAGUCGCUGGACAAUAGCAGAAGCUAAUGUUGCCUGCAGAAAUGUGAAAAGGGAAGAAAAAGGUGCAGAAGCAGCCUCAGUUGUGAAACAUGAAGAAAUUGAACAUCAGUCUGGAUUAUCAAAACGGUGUAUACAUGUACGGUGCACUGGGGAAGAGAGCUCACUUGCAGAGUGCACCUUUUACAAGACUGACAAUACUGAUACAGAACCCACGAUUGCUACAGUCAACUGUUAUAAUAGAAUUAAGAAUUGUACAAAUUUUGAAUUCAGGUGUGUCAAUGGGAAGUGCAUUGACCUCAACAGAACCUGUGAUGGGACCAAUGAUUGUGGAGACAGGAGUGAUGAAGUCUGCUGCAAAAAAUGCCGACCAGGAGGAUUCCAUUGUAGUUCAGAUGUGUGCAUCCCAAAUCAAGCCAAGAAGGAUGGAGUGAUGGACUGCAUAGGAGGAGACGAUGAGUAUACAGAAGAAAGCAAUGUGAACUUUGGCAGGAGCCCUAAGCCAGAAAGUAUCCCAACCACUGAGGAAGAAAUUAUCGCAACCACUAAGGAAGAAGUAGAAGCUGCCAGGAAAGCUGUUUCUACUCUGGAGUGUGGGAUAUCUAAUUACACUAAGCCUAAUAGUACAGGAGUCAGACAGAAACGACUUCUUGGAGGCCAUACGGCAGAGAAGGGUCAGAUCCCUUGGCAGGUAGCAAUUGACGACGAAGGAGAGAUUAACUGUGGAGGGAUUUAUAUUGGAGGGUGCUGGGUGCUUACUGCAGCUCACUGUGUAAGGCCUAAACCACAGCUGUAUCGCAUCAAGGUGGGCGUGUGGAGCACGCUGAAAGUUGACACUUACACGGAUUCUCUUCCUGUGGAGAAUGUCAUAAUCCAUCCCGAUUAUAAUCCUUCCACAUACCAGAAUGACAUUGCCUUGAUUCAAGUCAAGAACAUCUACAACCUCCCAGAAUGCAUUGAGCGUACGCCAUCUACUGCAUCAGCCUGUGUGCCCUGGUCUGAGUACCAGUUUAAACCUGGAGACAACUGCAUUAUUUCUGGAUGGGGCCGAAGCCAUGGAAACAAGAAGGUCUACACACUCAAAUGGGCUAACAUUGAGAUAAUCGAUAACUGCUCUGGAAUUUAUGGCCCCAGGUACUUUAAAGGAAUGGAAUGUGCAGGCACCCUUGAUGGGAGUGUGGACACAUGCCAGGGUGAUUCUGGAGGUCCUCUGGUCUGCAAAGACAAGAGUGGGGUGUCCUAUGUGUGGGGGGUUGUCAGCUGGGGAGAGAAGUGUGGGGUUGUGGGUCACCCAGGAGUCUAUACCAAAGUGGCCCACUACUUUGACUGGAUCAGUUUCCACGUGGGAAGACCAACUAUCAGCAAGUUCAAUUUAUAGACAGCUACAACUAAAAAAUGGUUCGCUACAACAAAAGCUACAACAAAAGUUCGAUAAAACAACUUAGGCUUUUAUGUAUACUACGGUAAAAAACAGCAAUUUUAAUCUUAUACUUUCAGCUGCUGUUACACUUUUCUUUGCACAGAGUGAAGAUGGGAUGAGGAUGAAUGACUUACAUGCUUCCUCUACAAGUUAUGUUUCCUCUUGUAGAGUAUGUUGCAAUUGUAUUCUGCCUUAGUUCUUUUAGAGGAGCUCAUUCGAGCUGAUAUUAACAUCGCACUUCUGAUAGAAUUCUGUAGUGUAUAAACUAUUAAAGCUCAUAUCACACCUGC